AGAGAGAUGGACGCGAUGGACUCGAUGAAUGAGUCAGAACGUGAAAGAGGCGUAGGAGAAGCGGCGGGCGCGGCGCGUGGAGCGGUGCAACGGAUCUCUGCGGGAGUCGCCUUGGAUCGCUCGCACGCCUCACGCCUCGCGCUAAUUGAAUUCUAACGAGACGCGACAGUCAUUCGUUCGACGUUACAUGGACGAUAUCGAAUCCGACCAUCGUUUACGACGUUCCUUUCAUUUUAACCGCGCACAGCCACGCGCGGUUCGACGCAGCAAACUCUCGACUCUUUGGUUCGCAUCAUUCGUACUAACUAGGAGUCGGCUCGAAUCUCUGUGUGAGCACGCGAGGUGAACGGGACAACAGGAUGGAAAUCAACAACAUUAACGACAUAUUGCAAGUGAUAACAUUUCUGGAAUGCCUUCGCGAGGCGCAGCUUCCACUUACGCUCGAGAGUUUGCGAAAGAAGCUGUUGAUACGUUCGAAAAACACUCUGAGCGUUACCCGCGCGACGACGACGACGACUCCAAGUCGAACGUCGUCCCCGGAACCCUACUUGGACAUGAAGUCUGGCCCAAAGAGCUUAUUACUGACGACGAGAAACGUGGAAGCCGAUUCGGAGGAAUACGUAGGAAUGUGCGUGGAAGAAUCUCGAGAAUCUCAAGAAUUUCAAGAAUCUCAAAAGCGCAAUCGGAGCAUACAUAUUCAUCAGGAUUAUUACGAAAGCUUUGAGAACGAAGGGCAGAGCGCGAGCGUGUCGGCCAACGACAAUUGUGGGGACGUUUGUCGAGAGGACGGUAGUAACGACGAUGCUGAGAGCCAGAUGCUCAUCGGAAUUUACAAAAAUCUAUCGGCGAUGCAAAUUAGAAGCAAGUGUUACAAAUGCGGUCCGCUCUACAGGAGAGAAGGAAAAAAGUUGUUUCUAUCGGAAAGCCGGCGUGCUUGCUGGAUCGCAUUGGUCGGAUCGUAUCUGCUCAUCUAUCGAAGCGAACGGCACAAUCGACCGUACACAAUUUAUCCGAUUCGGGGUUAUAUGGCCCGUCCCGCACCGAACAUCGUACCUCGCGAUCGACGAAAGAGCGACGCGGCCUUUGAAAUGUACAGUCCUGGAAACGAAACUUUACAGUUUAUCGCGAGAACACCGAAGGACAUGGAUCAAUGGAUAGCCAAGAUCUGUGAGGUGGGAUGUCGCAACGAGGGUGAAAAGAAGGAAGGAAGAAGGCGAAGGAGAUCGUUCUCCUCCUCCUUCUCCUCCUUUGGGUCAGCGGAGGCAAGCGGCAGUGGGCAGCAGCAGCAGCAGCAGCAGCAGCAGCAGCAGCAGCAGCAGCAGCAGUGCCGUAAUCCACAUCGGAAUGUCGCGGAUAACGAGUCAAGUGCGCGAGUCAGCGACGAACGAUCUUUCGAACGAAAGGAUGAUACAGCGGCAAGUGGAAAAGCACCUCCGCUACCGGCUCGAAUACCACGUAGGCUACCCUCGUUACCGCCCGAUAAUCCUCUCACGCAGACAGUAGUCUCCGCCUCUUACAGGGACGAGGAUGACGAAGAGGACGACAUUUAUCACAGAAUUGAAGAUUUGAGAAAUGUAACGCCUUAUCAAAAUAUGGUAUUGUCGAAAAAGAAGCAGGCUGAUGUUGAAAGCGACGAGAAGAAGCGGAAGCAGCAGCAGCAGCAGGAGCAGCAGCAGCAGCAGCAGCGAGAGAUCUCGCAAGCAGUUCUCAUCGAGCAAUCUGUCGACGAAGCUGUCGCGUACGACGACGUUCGUAUCCCCAAUGGGGAAGAGGUACGCGAGGAGAUACGCGAGUCCCGUGUGAACGAUGUGACAUCCUUUCGAGACACGUACGACGAUAUCGUUACUAGACCUUCGCGAAUCACCGACGCUACGAGCAUUGAACCAUUUGAACCAGAACGAAAUCGGAAUAACGACGCAUCUCGCGCCGGUGCCGAGGAUAAGGAACGAGAGUUUUACGAUGACGUGCAAAACUUGAUUCCGAACAGAAGAUUCAUCAAGGAUCAGAUGAAAAUGUCGAGCAAGCUUGAAAAGGAAAAAAAAUCUUUAUUGGGUAGAGUUUUGGGAAGAGAAUCUGACAAAUAUAUAUCGGACAAGAGACAUCGCUACAAGGGUAAAGUUUCGUUGAAUUCAUCUGUGGAUAAGAAGCAAACUACCUCUACCUACGACGACGCGUCCGAUUUGACGUCGAAUCGGGAAUCCUUGGCGAACGAAGAGAAAGAAUUACCGGAAUAUAAUUGUCCUCCUCCACCUAGGCCAAUUUACGAAAUAAAAUCGUUAGCAGCUGAAAAUCAAAGACAUUCCGACGAAACUGGAGACUUUUACGACGACGUGAGCGCUUAUCGAGAACGACACGAUAAAAAUCACGAUCAGGAAAUAACGUUGCGAUCGACACGCGAUUUAUAUACGAAAGCACAAAGAAACGAAGCUGUACACAUUGCGACGUACAAGCAGACGGAAUCGAAGACGGACGGCGGAGGCGACUCGAUUCCUGUCCCUGAAGAGACGGAGCAUUAUCAGUCCCCAAGAAGCGUUGGCGAGAACUGCUCUAUUCCUCGUGGCGACGGUGCCGACGACGACAACGACGACGACGACGACGAUGACGACGACGACGACGACGACGACGACGACGACGACGACGACAACGAUGAUAAUGACGCUGCCGUGGAAAUGGAACAGACCGAAGAAUUGUACGACGAUAUCGCGCUAUGGGUCGAUUUUACCGCGCGACAAAGAGACCUUGUCGAAAAGAGAGAAAACGACGAUACUAAAUCGAUCAGUUCCGACAAGAAGGCUUGGAAUCGAUUUGCCGUCAACAGAAAAUCACGUGUCACGAGCGACUUUAACUGUUCCAGCGAGACGAAUAGACGUUGUCAAGACCUCGUCGUUGGCAUUGGCGUAGUUGGUAACGACGUUCGGGCCGAGGAGACGGAGGAUUCGUCCGAGAAUAAUGGCCCGGUCAAAAGAAACACCUUUUUAAAGUUGAUCAGCAGAAUGGAAAAUUCUUUCGCUAAAGUUUCCGCGAGAAGUCCGUCUUCGCCGUCGACGGCCAAGUCGAAUGGUGCACCGAGCUCGUGAAGCUCUCUCAUUGUCUCAUUUUCUCUCUCCAAAGAGAAUCUCGAAUCUCUUUAGAGCUUUAUUAUAAGUAGACUAUACGUGAAUAAGAUGCAGUCUACGUACGCGUGCGAACGUAAAUUUAAGCGAAUGUAAAUUUAAUAAUACAGAAUUUUAUAUACAUAUUUUCUCUCUUUCUCUAUUGUGUACGCGCGUUUACGUUACAAAAGUGCUUUAUUCGCUAAGCUAAGAAGCAAUUCGAAAAGCCCGCGCGCGGCGAGAUCGAGGAAGCACUGGAAGCAGCUCGCGGCCGUGCCGUGGAUCGAUCCGCUCUCGCGCAUAUAGCAUAUUAUGUAUACAUACAUGCCCAAUUAAGAUUCCAGCUUCAAUCGUCAAAAAAUUUAUAGUUAACACUUUUCGUAGCGUAUUCAUAUUGAAAUGUACUUUGUUACGUAGAAAUAGUAAAAAACGAUAAUCUCAAACGACGUGUGACAUCGGACUCACGUAUGAGACGCGUACAAAUCCAAACGUACGCGAUUGAAUAAAAUCAGUUGGAAAGGGAA